AUGCGAAAUGAUAAUAACUACAUUGCAUCGGAGGAAGAGUUACUAACUAUUCCGUUUGAAAUUCCAGAAGGAGAUUCGAUAACGAGUGAGAGACCACUAUUCACCCUUGCCUCAAAAAGUUGUGCCACUUCAGGUAUCGAGGGGAUCUCCUCCACUUCGCUUGUGGUGGGCAGCAGCCGUGGCUCAAUAUGGUUGCUAUCCUUAGAAUACAAUGACACAGUAGUCUCCACAACGCCAACGGUGAUUCGACAACCAGAUGAAGUCUCUCCAGCUGAGGGCGGCCAUCCAGUGACACAGAUCAAAUAUGGUUUCCUUCUUGUUGGUGAUGACUCCCACUACUUCUAUGACCUUAAUUUAGAUUUUAUGCAAAACGCCAUCUACGUUGUUCUAUCCGACAAAGGCAUUGCGCGAUGUACAUUGGAAAAUCCCAGCUGCUUUUUUUUGGCAAACACCGAUUCCUCCAACAUCAGAAAAAAUAUAGCUGUAGACAGCGUGAAUGGGCAUGUUGCCUCUUCAUGCAUUUGUGCCGUUUCUGAAAACAUGCUUUUCCAGAUUCCUAUACUUUCUCAAUGA